AGUACUCUCUCCUUUCUCAGAAACAUGAUUCCAGUGACAGAAUUCCGGCAGUUCUCUGAGCAGCAGCCUGCCUUCCGGGUGCUGAAGCCAUGGUGGGAUGUGUUUACUGAUUACCUCUCGGUGGCCAUGCUCAUGAUCGGCGUAUUUGGAUGCACUUUACAGGUCAUGCAAGACAAGAUAAUCUGCCUUCCAAAAAGAGUUCAGCCGGCUCAGAACCACUCUUCCAUUUCAAAUGUCUCUCAAGCUGUUGCCACUCCCCUGCCUCCACCAAAACCCUCUCCUACUAAUCCUGUCACUGUGGAAAUGAAAGGCCUGAAGACGGAUUUGGACCUGCAGCAAUACAGCUUUAUCAACCAGAUGUGUUAUGAGCGAGCCCUCCACUGGUAUGCUAAGUAUUUCCCGUACCUUGUCCUCAUCCAUACCUUGGUCUUCAUGCUCUGCAGUAACUUUUGGUUCAAAUUCCCUGGCUCCAGCUCCAAAAUAGAACAUUUCAUCUCCAUCCUAGGGAAGUGUUUUGACUCUCCUUGGACCACUCGGGCUUUAUCCGAAGUGUCUGGGGAGGACUCAGAAGAAAAGGACAGCAGGAAGAACAACAUAAGCAGGUCUAACACCGUCCAGUCUGGUCCAGAAGGCAGCCUGGUCAACUCUCAGUCUUUAAAGUCAAUUCCUGAGAAGUUCGUGGUUGACAAAUCUACUGCAGGGGCUCUGGACAAAAAGGAAGGUGAGCAGGCAAAGGCCUUAUUUGAGAAGGUGAAGAAGUUCAGGCUGCACGUGGAAGAAGGGGAUAUCCUAUAUGCCAUGUACGUUCGCCAGACCGUACUUAAGGUUAUCAAAUUCCUAAUCAUCAUUGCAUAUAACAGUGCUCUGGUUUCCAAAGUCCAGUUUACAGUGGACUGUAACGUUGACAUUCAGGACAUGACUGGAUAUAAAAACUUUUCUUGCAAUCAUACUAUGGCACACUUGUUCUCAAAACUCUCCUUUUGCUACCUGUGCUUUGUAAGCAUCUAUGGAUUGACGUGCCUUUAUACCUUGUACUGGCUGUUCUACCGUUCUCUAAGGGAAUAUUCUUUUGAGUAUGUCCGGCAGGAGACUGGAAUUGAUGAUAUUCCAGAUGUCAAAAAUGACUUUGCUUUUAUGCUUCAUAUGAUAGAUCAAUACGACCCUCUCUAUUCCAAGAGAUUUGCAGUGUUCUUGUCUGAAGUCAGUGAAAACAAAUUAAAGCAGCUGAACUUAAAUAAUGAGUGGACUCCUGACAAACUGAGGCAAAAGCUGCAGACAAAUGCCCACAAUCGACUGGAAUUGCCCCUUAUCAUGCUCUCCGGCCUUCCAGACACUGUCUUUGAAAUCACAGAGUUGCAGUCUCUAAAACUUGAAAUCAUUAAGAACGUCAUGAUACCUGCCACUAUCGCACAGCUAGACAAUCUCCAAGAGCUGUCUCUGCACCAGUGCUCUGUCAAAAUUCACAGCGCGGCUCUCUCUUUCCUAAAGGAAAACCUCAAGGUCUUGAGCGUCAAGUUUGAUGACAUGAGAGAGUUGCCCCCCUGGAUGUAUGGACUCCGAAAUCUGGAAGAGCUCUACCUGGUUGGCUCUCUAAGUCACGAUAUUUCCAAAAAUGUCACUCUUGAGUCCCUGCGGGACCUCAAAAGCCUUAAAAUUCUCUCUAUCAAAAGCAACGUCUCCAAAAUUCCUCAGGCAGUGGUUGACGUCUCCAGUCAUCUCCAGAAGAUGUGCAUACACAAUGAUGGCACCAAGCUGGUGAUGCUGAACAACUUAAAAAAGAUGACCAAUCUGACUGAGCUGGAGCUGGUUCACUGUGACCUGGAGCGCAUUCCUCACGCCGUGUUCAGCCUGCUCAGCCUCCAGGAGUUGGACCUGAAGGAAAAUAACCUGAAAUCUAUAGAAGAAAUUGUGAGUUUUCAACACUUGAGGAAGUUGACAGUGCUAAAACUGUGGCAUAACAGCAUCACUUACAUCCCAGAGCAUAUAAAGAAACUCACCAGCCUGGAACGUCUGUCCUUCAGUCACAAUAAAAUAGAGGUGCUACCUUCCCACCUCUUCCUAUGCAACAAGAUUCGAUACCUGGACUUAUCCUACAAUGACAUUCGAUUUAUCCCACCUGAGAUCGGAGUUCUACAAAGUUUACAGUAUUUUUCCAUCACUUGUAACAAAGUGGAAAGCCUUCCAGAUGAACUCUACUUCUGCAAGAAACUGAAAACUCUGAAGAUUGGGAAAAACAGUCUAUCGGUACUUUCACCGAAAAUUGGAAAUUUACUAUUUCUAUCCUACUUAGAUGUUAAAGGCAAUCACUUUGAAAUCCUCCCUCCUGAACUGGGUGACUGCCGAGCUCUGAAGCGAGCUGGUUUAGUUGUGGAAGACGCUCUGUUUGAAACUCUGCCUUCUGAUGUACGGGAGCAAAUGAAAACAGAAUAACUUAUUUUUCGUUAAAGUUUGACUGAAACACGCUUCUACCAAAUACAGUAUGAAUAAUUAGGUAGUCUUAAUGCCUUUCCUAUUUUAUUUUAUUUUUCUUUUUCACACAAAACAUAAUGUACACAAAGAUUCAGUAAGGAGUACGUAUUUUUUAAUAAAAAUUUAAUUGUAUUUUUUCAAUAUUAA